AUGCUAAACUCUGACUCUGGAUCAACGUCAAAAAUUGGAGCGAUGGGCCAUUCGUGUGAUAACAGAGAAGAUGCAAUGUUUGCCCGCAGCUUGGUGGAGUUUUUUUCACAUUUUGCGGGCGUUGAGGUUCCUAGCCAUGGGACUUUUGCUCCAUCACCGCCCGGCAGCAGUGAUCCGCUUGGGCUGGAGUUCCUAUCCCGCCAUCCAGGAUUUCCCCCCCGCAUUGCUACCGAGGGGCUUAUACCCCUUCUCACCACUUAUGUAGACCGGAUGGUUUCAGCAGUUGAAUCAGCCAGUGCCACGCGGCAGGCGCGUCCACAACACGAGUUGUCGCCGGCUUCAAGCACAUAUGACAUACCUCAAGCCCCGGCGGUACCCACUGUGUCACAGUCCAAUGGGGAAGAUAUGAUGCAGGCAGUUCCCCCGGGGCCGCGAGAGUUGUACCAGAUAGCUUCAAGCUGCAUGCUGUCAGCUUUUAACUUGAGCAAGGCUGUCAUAGGCGCCAAGAAUGCCAAGAAUGCCAAGGGCAACAACGUGGUACGCAUCGGCACGGACCGUCCAACAAUUCCUAAAUCGACUAUCGCUACUAGUCCUGAAUAUGUGUUUGCUACCUUCAUGUUCGGAGGUCUCUGGUAUUUUUAUGCCAGUCGUUCUUCGAUCGAACCAGUUGUGGACAAUUGGUGUUCAUGGCUUAAUGACAGAAUUCCCGGUGCUAGGGCACCGCCCAUCAAGAAUACCCCUUGGCUCGGCUCGGCUCAAUCGUUGUUCGAUGCCACGACAGAGACAGAUAUUCUCGCAACUUUGUGGACUUUCGUGACCCGCGGUGCUGGUAAUCUCCAACCGACUGGGCAUCAGGCUAGCUUUGUUGAAUUCUAUGCAAUGAUGGCACUCCGAGCGGGUGUCUCUUUCGUGGCUUACGACGGCACCCUUUUAAUUGACACUGCUGUCGUCAUGCAGACAGUGGCCCAGAUUCCAAACCUGGGAUAUGAUGGUAUGACCGGUGAUCAAAGGGGAGCUGUGAUAUUUUUCGAUUGUGACCUGGGCAAAGCUUGGGCUGCUCGCUAUCUUGCAGCGGCCCGCUGGUAUCUCCACUGCUCUCCUAGUGCCAUGGGAUUAAGCACAAUGGGAAGCGGUUUAUAUGCAUACACAUCCCAACGCCAUGGACCUGGGUAUUGGAAGUACCUCCGCCCACGGCUCAUCCGCGCGCGGGGCCACAAGUCCAGCUUUGACUUGCCCGUCUGUACCCCCAGCUUUUGGUACGAUGGUGGGCUUGAAGGGUCCCAGCCACCACCGCUCCAUCGGUGCAAUCACUCUCCACAACCCAUUUACAAUUCCCCCAUAAUUGAUACUAUCAACGCUGUGUCCUCAAUCACGGAGUGUGAGACUUAUGAGGAAUGGCGCUCCAAUAUUGAUAAAGCCGUUGCCAGCGUGGAUAGUUGGCUGCGCGACCUCGCAGCUCGUGGUGAGAGCGAAGUCUUGCUCCGUGCCGCAGUGGGAGCAUCCUCCACAUUCCUUGAUCUAGUGGCUAGCAACCUUGCUGCUGUGUUGGAUUUUGAGUGA